CUGUAUCUCAUUCCUAGGCUGCUCAUGAUUGGAUUGGGCCAUUCAUUAUGUUUUAAAAAUGAAUGUGGUCGCCGCACAUUUUUCAUUUGAUUGAGUUGUUUGGUUAUUUUGUAUUUUUAGUAUUAUUUAGUAUUUAAUGAUAAUUAUGAAUGAAAACAUGGCAGUUGUUCUCUGUUGAUAUCUGAGAGCAGUUCAAUCUCGUAUUUCUCAUUAAUACAGCUGUCAAAAUUGGAUGAAAUACUAAUUUUUCCAAAGUGGAGAAUGACUGUUCGUUGCAUUUAGGACACAACAAUCUGGCAAUAUUAUUGUUAUCAAUUCAUAACUUUGUUCUCGAAUUAUUGCUACUACUACUACUACGAUGACGCAAGUAGGACGUCUACAUAAUAACAAUAAUCCCUUCUCGUUCAAUCCUCCUCAUCAUCAUCAUAAUAAUAAAUUUGAUCAUGGCAACUCUAAAUCACUAUCACAAAUAUUUCACUUACAACUGCCCGAAUUGGUCACGUCAACACAACACAGUCGGUCACCUGCGUCUAGUGCAUGUCCAUCUGAUGAUUCUGGAAUCGAGAGAACACUGAAUUUAAGUCCAUCAUCACCUUUUCCUGAGGACACCGAUUCAGAUGAUGCACAAUCUUUUGCCGGGUUUGAAGUUCGACGUUCGAACAGCCAUCUGCAGAUGCGUCAACAUCCAUUAAAAGUUGGUACUUCUUAUCAUCAGUUUGGUUGUGAUAGUAAAUAUGUCGAUGUGGCAAGACUUUCUCCACCUGGGACUUGUGCAGCUGUAGUUGAAGACACUUGCUGUCCACUAGCAAGUCCUACUGCAUUAAACAAACCUAAAGUGGUGACGAAUGGAAAUCGUUUUCAAAUAUUAUCUUAUGAACAAGUGACCAGACUGCAUCAUGUUUUGUCGAAAACUAUUCCAAUCCAUAGUAGGCAUCCAGGAUUUCCAACGAUUAGAGUCAAACUGAAUGAUUUGUUUGGUGCAGUACGUGGAAAUCUUAAGGCAGCUGGGAUUCCUGUCCGGAAUAUGCGUUUGAAUGGUGGCGCAGCUUCAUACGUUAUCGGACGAGAGGCCUAUCCUGUAUACAAUGAUAUCGAUGUAUUGAUUUCUGUUGAUUUAACGUCAAACACUUCAACAAUUCAAAAGGUCAAAUCUGCUGUAUUGAAUGCACUGAUAAGUUUUUUACCCGAUGAAAAGUUAGAAGCUAGUCAACAGGAGAGUUCAAAAAGGAUUCAACCAAUGCAACGCAGUUUAAAAUUUAACACCUUAACCGGUUCAUGUUGCAACCUUCAGCUGAACAGUGAUGAUAAUACUCCAAACAUUUCAUCAAAAGAUAAUCAAAGUAUAUCAACAGCUGCUUCUUCACCGAGUACUUCUCCUGUAAGAAUGAAGAGUCAUAUGAGCUCUACAGAAUUGAGAAAUAUUGAUAGGAUGAGAAUGCCAAAUUCUAAUUCCAGUAAAAAAGAAUUCACUGAUUUUUCAGACAGUUCUCCAGAUAAUCAUCAAUGUGAUGUGCAUCAUCAUUCAUCAACUGUUGUCUCAAAAUCUAACCAUAUUGAUUGUUCAUGUUCAGUUCAACCUUCUUCUUUAAUGAUUAAUUCCCCUUCUUCUCUUCAAUCUGGGCAGCAGCAACAGUCCGUCUACACCACCAGUAAUAAUUCACCAUUCAUUACAUUGAAUGUGAACACUAUUCAAAGCUCUGCAUCUACACCGAAUGCUGCCUCCAGUCCAUCAGACGGCUUCAGUUUACGCGAAUCUUAUGUAUACAAACAAUUUCGUAAAUUUAGUCAAGAUGAUGAUUGUUGGUCAUUGUUAUCUCUUGGAAUGCCUUCAUCAGAUUCAAAAGUCAUUGAAUUCAAAUUUGUGGAUCGUAUGAAGCGUCAAUUUGAAUUCACUGUGGAUAGUUUUCAAAUUAUUUUAGACCCAUUAUUAUCAUUUUAUGAAUGUAAUCCAGCAAAAGGUAUUAAUCCCCACUUUUAUCCAACUGUUGUCGGUGAAUCUGUAGCUGGAUCGUUUUCUGAAGCACUUUAUCACCUGGAGAAUAAAUUGAUAGCGACUAUAGAACCGGAAAUGAUUCGUGGUGGUGGUCUACUGAAAUACUGUCGACUCCUAGUAAGUGGUUAUAAACCGGUCGAGGGUGUUGAUGUGCACACCCUAGAGAAAUAUAUGAGUUCAAGAUUUUUCAUCGAUUUUCAAGAUAUCACUAGUCAAAAAGUGAAAUUGGAAGCAUUUUUAGCCAAUCAUUUCAGUGAACAUGAAAUAUCUGUUAAGAUUAACUAUCUACGCAUUUUAUAUCAAGUUGUCAGUGGUUCUACUAUCUGUUUAAUGUCACAUGAACAUUUUCAAACUUUAAAUCUUAUUACAGAAAUGUUACGUUAUUUAAUGCAUUAUUAUCAUUAUUGUUAUUCACAAUUCAAUCGAUCCUCGUUAAGUUUAGAAUGGUUUACUGAGAAACAAAAUCUUGUCUUGGAUAAAAUUUAUUUUGGUACACAAUUAUUUCCUGUCAUCUCACGAAGUGAACCGUAUUCAUCAAGUCAUUGUUAUUGUCGUCUUGCAAAUAAACCAACGCCUGUUAUACAAAGUCAUUCAAAGAUUGAGCAAAAAUCAAGUUGUACGUUUUAUAAUGGAAAGAAGAACAAUUUACAGACAGUGUCAUCGGCAUCACCAUCGUCAACUGAUACGACAAAAUUAAAAUCUGAUGCUGUUAUCCAGAGUGAUGAACAGAAUAAUAAAUAAAUAAAUAAGAUUUUUCUGUUCCUUUCAUCAUAUUUUGAGUAAAUUUUUUUGCAUCUUUUCUCUUCCUUUCUCGUUUUCUUGUCUUUGUCGUGUUCACAUUAUCAUCAUCACCGUCAUCAUCCUCAGCAGCAAAAGUCAUUCGCCCAUUAACAAAAAAAGUGUGUUUAAGAAAAAAGAAAACUAGUCCGAGUAAAAAGCCUUUUAUUUUCAACCUACACUACUCACACACACACACACACCUGGAAUACGCAUUUAAUGAUGAAUAACAAACGAAUGAAUGAAUGAUUGGAUGAAUGUAGACACUCUCUUUAAAAAUGAACUUCUCAAUAAUCUACACAAUAUAUUGCAUGUCUUUGCUGAUUGUAAUACCAAUACCAGUAAUAAUUUCAUCGCAAAAUCAAAAUACCCAGCUACAAAAACAUGUCUAUUCGAAAGAGGUGCAUGAGUACCAUAUUAUUAUUAUUAUUAUUAUACAUUUGUAUCGUAGGGAAAAAACAACUAAAAUUCACUUCACAUUGCAACAACAAAAAAAGAAAAGAUUUAAACUUGAAAAAAAACAAGCCCGGUGAAGGGUGUUUUCUAUGUAUUCAUCUGUGUGUGUGAUCGUCUGUUUGUUUGUUUGUUCAUGUUACAUCAUCAGAUUGAUUGACUGAUUCGUAUUCAUAUUCUUCUAUUUGUUCUCAUAUUAUAUUUACCCUUUGUAUUAUUUACACGUAUAUUUUGUGUGUCUUUCAUUGUUUGUUCUUGUAUAUAAAAGUCAAAAACCCGUUUGUGUAUGUGCGUGUGCGUGACGUCGUGUUUGUCUCUUUCUCUGUGUGUGUUCUUCUUCUCUGUGGAAAAUCAAUAUCAUAAAAAAAAUUUCCUAUCACAAAUUGUGUCAUAUUGUAGUUAUUGUACUAUUUAUUGUACGUGAAUAUACCACCAGCUACGCUACACCUGCCUAUCUAUCUGUCUAUCUGUGUCUUUGUCUCUCAUAUCUCUAAAAAUUGCUGGGGGGUGUUAUUGUUUUGACGAAAUAAUCCACUUCGGAGGAUCUCCUGAUGUCGUGUUUCUGAUGAAAUCAUCAUCCAUAUACACACACACGGGCACGAACACUAAAGUACAACCAUCCAACCAGCUGUAUGUCACAUUUCAAUCAGAUUUAAAGAGAGAGAGAGAGAAUUCAAUAAUAAUAAUAAUAACUUGAAUAAAAUGAAGAGUAUUCAAAUGAAUAAAUAAAUUUUUAUUGUCUUAGUGUUCAUAUACUCCUACUUUUGCAACACAGUUUUCUUCUCUUCUUCCUGAUUUCUAUCUAAUAUUAACUGGCGGACAUCCCCCCUCCAACCCCCCAGCCCCCGAAAUACAUGUGAACGAACAUUCUAACCGAUUUGUAAGAUAUAUAUAUAUAUAUAUAUAUAUAUAUAUAUAUAUAUAUA